CAGCCAGUCUGUUUGUUUACUCCAGACAACACAAAGGAAAAAAAAGAUUUGGCCAAGGAAAUUAUGAAAAAUUGUAUUAAAAGUUAAAUUUCGUCUCAGAAAUUAUUUCAAUUCCAAAAUAACAAUGAAUACUUCAUCAGAGACUGCGGCUUCUACACCAACAAAGCAAGUUAAAAUCGAUAGUUGGAUGGACGAAGUUUUGCGCAGUAAUAACGUAACUAACAAGGGUGGAAGACGUUAUUCGAAUUUACUCGAAAUGGAACGGUUUGGAAAUUCGAACAUUUCAGAAGAUGUAAGUCCUACAGAAGAUAUUCCGAUGCUGCCAGACGCAGAUGACCUAGCAGAAAGUCUUUUAUAUAAUGAAUCACCAAACUUGCCUUCUGUUACAACCUACAAACAGUUGGGCUCUGAUAUCUUUCAUAAGAGCAAAUCAGCACUAGGAUGCCUAGACGAGAUAGAUAUUUCGGUUCUAACUGAAACCCUAGAGUCCGAGGUGGAUAUUGAUGAACCAGACGAACCAUGGACUUGGGAUAAACUGUUUGCUCAAUUAUCAAAUAAAAUAAGUACUGAAACUAAAAUGGUUGAUGCAGGGAUUUAAAAACAAUGUAAAUUUUCAUCACUGUAUUAAUUAUUUGUAUUGCUACUAUCAAUUAUGUAUAACGUCUCAUCUUCUAAAUUUUGUAUGCUAUCGGGAAGCAGCAUAUUUUCCUCAGCGUAUGGUAAAAUAUCACAAAUCAGUGAUGAUUCAACGUUCAAUAUAUACUCGCAUGGUCGAGGUUCCAAUAGGUAAAGAGCAAUGGCAUUUGAACUUGCAGAAUGUUCAGUGCACUUUAGUUUUACCUCAA